AUGACCAACAUUCCGCAGAGUUUCAAUUGUAAUUACACGGUAAUUAUACUGAAAAAAGAUUUGACACAGUCCCAAUGGAUGAAUUUUAUUAUUAGAUAUCAAUUCCUGUUGGUUUUAUCGCCCGAAUCAAUAUAAAGGCGAGUCUGAGGACAAACGACAGCGUUUACAUAUUUGAUUCUUUUCACAAUAAUAAUCGGUUGGUUUUUUUCACAGUUAAUAAUCCAUGAAGGUGUUUUCACAGUUAAAAACAACUGAAAGUUGAUUAUAUCUGUUGAAAACGGCCGAAAAAGCGACCAUCACGUUUUCUGGCGUCCAGAAUUUUCUAAAUUUUUCCGUCCUCCACCUUGAAACGGCAAGAUUUCUCUGUGCCCUCUCUGUCUCUCGACUGCGCUCUCGUGUUUACGCGCAAUUUUCAUGUCUCUCUGACCUCGCCGAUGAGAGAACAGAGAGACGCAGACAGGCAGAAAGUUUCAAUUCGUAGCGAACGGAGUAUAUUUAUCCAAACUAUAAAAUGAUUGAAUCGAAGUGUUGGGAUCGUCGACGUUAACAAAGGAGCUGAAUAUAACUUUGGACCGCCCACCGGAACCCUCAGAAUCAUUACGAGCACUAACAUGAGCAAACUUCUCAUCGACCUCAAGUUCAUUGACGGUAACAUUUUUUUCUCGAUUAAAAGGCCUGGUUUCGAGAUUGAAAUGCUGUUAGAUCCAAUUCAGUCGAUGGCACUUACAUGCCAAGGAACUACAAGACUGGUGAACCGGCUGCACUUUCCACAGCACGAGAUGCAACUUUUGUUUUCGCUGCGAGUACACCAAACGAGAAAGUUUGAAUUUUUUGUAGAGUUCAUAUUUUUGAGAUAUUUUCGAAAAGAAAUUAUGAGAAAGUGGUAGAGUGAAAUUUAGCGAAACAACUUUCAAAAUCCAGAGUGACCAAGAGUACUCAUUGACUCAAAAUUAAUGAUUUUGGCUUCCAUUUAAGGGCUCUCUUCAGGUCUUCCUAGUUAUUAUACGCUUUUGCCACGAUUUAACAGCUUUGGUGUAGGAAUCAUCCUGAAGCAUUGAGGUGAAAAGUCGCUUGAGGCCGGGUGCAGCUACUAAAAACCUCUUUUUCUAUCGCCAAAAUUUCAUACGAUUAGGAAAUCUCGAAAAUCGACAACAAUAUCGCUAUCAGAGCGUAAUCGGAACUUUCUUACAGGUGUCCCUCACACCUUGCUUCAAUUAUUCGAGCCUCAUGCCGGAUCAGAUUCCUUGGAGCACCUUUGUCUACGAUGGGAGCAACGCUAAAGCGCCGCUCAUUGGAACGUGGGCUUAUUAUUCAAAUAAUCUUCUUAGCUUUAAUUUUAUUGUUUAUAUCUCUGGGUUUAGGUUGGACAACGGCGUGCAAUCGAGUGGUCAAUACUUGACGAUCCUUAAUCCUUAUGGAAACACUGUCACUGACUCUUACCUCAUCGGCAAUGAUUUUUCAAAUUAGUUGAUUGUGUUGUGUUUUGUAGAACUUCUACAAGUGAGACCACUUCAUUUUUUGGAUCACUGAAAAUUUGUUAGAGCACCUCUUCAUUUGGAUUCUGAAAGUCUCAAUCUGCACGACUUCCUAGUUUCCAAGGAGUAAGGGCCCAAAGCUCGACAAUAGUAUUUCAACGGAUUUUGAAGAAUUUAUGUGACCUUGGCCUUGGGCUGUCCUUUUUCGAAAGUUCGAAAGUGGUGCGUGUUGAGAUAGGAUUUUCAUUUGGUAUAUCAAGGAGUGUUCUGACUAAUUUUUAGGGACUCACCGACCAAAAAGUAAAAUGACUUCCUUAUUAAGGGUUGAGCGAAUUUACACACGUUUAUCUCUUUUCAGAACUUUCUCAGUUCGACAAUUACAAGUGCUGGUCUUUGGGUCGGCAAAAGGAUUAUAGCUUCACUUUUAGUGCGUUGAAAACCGUUGCCUACACAUUUUUGGCAAUGAAUAACGAUGAGAUUUACAUCAACAAACUGGGUUUUAGCGAUGUUCGUUUAAUUUUAAAUGUCCGAAAAAUGUGAAAUUUUUUUAAGAAGAGUACGGGUAGUGUUUCAUUCAAUUCGUUGAGUCCAACGGAAUCGAAUCGCACCAUUUUGACCUACAGGUAAAAUAAAUAAGUUAAUUAUCUUCAUGAAAAUCUGAACGUUGUCCAUACAGCGCACACUGCGAAAGUAUAUUCUUUCGAAAAUUUUAUGAAUUGUAUUAUUAUGCCGUGUUCAAAGUAAUUUCCGCGAAAUGCAAAAUGAUCUCUGACUCUCCAAAAUUUAGUGAUCUUUUCCUUUCUCUAACGGGCAUUUUGCAUUUCGCGGAAUCAAAUUGAACACGGCAUUACUCUUCGAAAUUUCAGUAAACAGUCGACAAACUGUCUCCCUCAGCUGAUACCUUCAACAAGAACAACAAUGAUCCUCAGCCAGGACACUAUCAGCCUCGAUGUUUCAUUGAAUCGAGGUAUCAACAGAGCAUGAUAUUUGAUUUACAUAGGGCCUAUAUUGUCUUUGACACGACGCAGAAGGGCUCAACACAUUACGGUUCAAGCCUGAGGCAUGUGAACGCGCAAGCCGUUUUGUAGUCUGGUGCACCUUGUAGAAGCCCCUAUUCAUUGCACCAUUCUCACUACGGCCAGCAAUUUCUAAGUCACAGAUUCAGGAGAUUAUAACAAGCCGUUUGUUGGCCGAUGCGGCUACGUUUACUCGCCCAGCGAGUGGGAUGGCCGUCAGAAAGCUGGAUUCAGCUUUUACCUAGGUCAAACCAGAAAAUCUGUUUUUAACCCAUCUCAAAAUAUUCCAGAUGAUUCUUCCGCUCAGUACACUUUCCAAACGGCUGUACAGGAGCUCAAAUUGACUGCACCUGGAGAAAAUCUACAGAUUUGGUCUAGAACCACCAGUGGUGCCAUUCCUCUGAAUUUGACGUUUGUUUUUCUUGAUUUUUUGGAUUGAAGUUGAUAUUUUCAGUUAUGCAAAUACAGUCAACGACCAGCCAGGUGAUACACUUGUAGGAAAUCGGCUGGAAAUGAGUUUCAAUUCGAAUUCGACGACUUCUUUGGCUAAAGUUUACUUUAAUAUUCAAAAAUCUUCAUUUUCAGCAACAUUUGGAGGUUAGAAAAACAAGUUCAAUGUUUUUUUUUGUGACUUCAAUUUUUCAGGGUUUCUAUCGGCAAUGGUUCUUGCAAUGGCAGCUUCGAUUCAAUGA